AUGGUCAAUGAAUCUGAAAAUUUCGUUGUGGUGGUGGAUUGGGAGUUUAUGUAUACCGCCUCUGUUGAAUUUACUGAUGCUCCACCCUGGUGGCUUCUUCUCGAGAUGCUAGAAUAUUGGACUAAAGGCUUUGAUGACUGGUAUGCACUCUAUGAGAGCCGGCUUCGGGUCUUCCUUCAGGUAAUGAUGGAUAGCGAAGCGGAUGCGCACCAGAUACGGAACAAACGACCCAAAGAAAGCCAGCGACUCUCUAGUCGAAUGCGACAUAGCUUGGAGAGCGGAGACUUUUGGAUCAUGUAUGCUGCAUGGAACAAUUUUUCCUUUGACAACAUCUAUUGGAACAAAAUCGAUCAGCGAUUCUUCGGGUCUGAUACAUCUGAUGACAACAUAUGCGAUGUAUGGAAGAAAAGACUUCAUCUAUUGGAACCCGAGGAGAAGGAAAACAUGAAUAAAUAUGUGGAUCUGAAGCUCCAGGAGAAUGAGACAAGGCUUCUAUGUUGGGACCCAGACCAGUAUACCCUAGAAUCUAUGGCCAGGAUGGAAGCUUGA